AACACCUCCUGCAAGCCUUCCUUAAUAUCCAUCUGUUCUACAUUCUAUGACUAUCAAACAACCCAAUUGCAAUCACCUGUGCACGGAUCAACUGCUCUACAUAUCACAUUGACUAACCCGAUUGAUCGGAUCCUUUGGUAGAUAGAUUUCUCUCAUGGUGAACGCCAGUCACAAUGACAUCGUAUGAACUAAAAAACCAGGUACCCGCCAAUAACGAGGUCCGCAUCUCGGGAGGCUAUUCGGCAAAAGAUCGCGACAAUGCUGAGCUCGUGCGCUUGGGAAAGAAACCCGUGCUGAAGCGAAACUUCGGAAUCUUGUCAAGUCUCGGCUUUAGUUGUACUAUCCUCGCCACCUGGGAAGGCUUAUUUGGUACCUUCCUCAUCCCUUUGCAGAAUGGAGGUCCGGCAGGCGCGGUCUACUCGUUCAUCUACGUCUGGACGGGAACAGCAUGUUCCUUCACGGUGCUUUCGGAGCUGGUCUCGAUGGCACCAACGUCCGGAGGGCAAUAUCACUGGUGCGCGAUGCUUUCCCCGCCGAGGAUAAUGAAGUGCCUGAGUUACAUCACCGGCUGGGUGACAACCAUUGGCUGGAUGUCUGCCUUUACCAGUGCCAGCUUCUUGGCAGGCACAGAAAUCCAGGGCGUCGUGACUCUCGCGCACGCAAAUUAUGAUCCCAAGCCAUGGCAAGGCACCUUGAUCAUGUGGGCAGCGAUAUUACUAGCCCUGGCGAUCAACAUUGUCGGAGGAAAGUUGCUGCCCAGAUUCGAGACCCUGGUUCUGGUCGUUCAUAUCCUGGGAUAUUUCGCGAUCUUGAUCCCCUUGACGUACAUGGCCGACCAUAAGUCCAACCAAGAGGUCUUCAAGGAAUUUGUGAACAGCGGUGGGUUCCCGACAGACGGGCUGGCCUUUUUUGUCGGCAUGACCGGAUGUGUUUUUGCUUUUGCGGGUGGUGAUGCGGCGGUCCACAUGGCGGAAGAAGUUGCGAAUGCCACGGUCGCAAUCCCUCGCGCGGUUCUUCUGAGUGUGUUAAUUAACGGGACCCUUGGGUUUACCAUGUUGAUCGCCACCCUUUUCUGCAUGGGUGACGUCGACAAGGCCCUCAGUACCCCUACCGGGUAUCCGUUCAUUGAAAUAUUCUACCAGGCCACCGACUCCAUCUCCGGGGCGCUAGGCAUGAGCUCGGUCUUACUCAUCAUUGCCGUCUGCUCGGUCAUUGGGAUGCUGGCGGCCACCUCGCGACAGCUUUGGUCGUUUGCCAGAGAUCGCGCGGUGCCCGGUUGGCGCUUGUGGAGUCAUGUUUCCCCACGGACAUGUAUUCCGACCUAUUCCAUUCUUCUCACCAUGACCGUUGCCGCUCUUCUUGGACUCGUCAACAUUGGAUCCGAUGUGGCCCUGAAUGGUAUUAUCUCCAUGGCGGUGUCGGGCAUCUACCUGUCCUACCUGAUUGUCGCAAUUCUGCUUCUCUACCGGCGUUGCACGGGUGAAAUCUCUCUGUUUAGCGACGGGGAGGACAUGCUGGUCAACGUACCCGGGGCUAAGCUGAUGUGGGGGCCCUUUCACGUUCGAGGCAUCUUCGGUAUAUUGAUCAAUGGCUACGCGGUCAUCUAUAUGAUCAUUGUGGUGUUUUUCAGUUUCUGGCCCAGCCAGAUGUCCGUCGACAAAACGACGAUGAACUUCAGUGUGGUCGGCACAAUCGGGACGAUUAUUCUGGCACUGAUCUACUAUGUUUUCCGGGCUCGGCAUGUGUACACGGGACCCGUAAUCGAGCUCCAUCGGUGAAGAGGCCAUUCUCGGGAGGGGGGAGGGUCAAAUGUACAGAAGUCUUCCCGUUUUUGCUAAGGUGAUGUCAAAAGUUGAUCUUGAGUGUGUCUUACAUUAAUAAAGAAUCACUCCUAUCACGAGAUACGAGAAAAAUAUAAUGCAUCUUGUUUAAUAACUCUGACCAUUUUUUUGUCCUCCGUUCCUAUCUCCUUUUUGUGCUUGCAGUGUGCAGUUUUAUCCCAUAUAUAUGUACCGCGCAACCUGGCAUAUCUGAAUAUAUCUGAAUAUAUAUCCGAAUACAGAUACACCGCGCCCAUUUUUCAACUAUGUUAGAUCAAUCAAACUUAGCAAAAU